CAUUACAUGAAUAUCUUUAUUUUGAACACCAAAAUAGUCUCCAUGUAGGACUGUAUUUCCCUGUGUAGCGAUAUUUCUCAAUAUUAUGAGUGUGGUGCUCCGUUGUAAGAUGGGUCCUUAAGAUGUGGUACGGAUAAUUUUUAUCAUCAAUAUCUUAUAAUAUUUGUACUAACGGUAGUAUUUACAUUUAUAAUCAAUCUCAGUCGUGUCUUUAUUCUUUAUCGUCUUCCCGUAUAUCCGUUGGCUUUUUCAUCACAAGUGUCGAUUAAAAAUGUUCGCCAUCAUUCAUGCACCAAUACAACAAUUGUCGCAAGUUCUCUCUCUCUCUCUCUCUCUCUCUCUCUCUCUCUCUCUCUUCAAAAAUUGUUUUUUUCUAGUUUCUGACCGAACGAAGAUAUCGAUUUCGCACGACUACCAUAAACGUCACCCUUUCAUAAAUAGAAAGUUAUCAUUUUCUCAUUACAUUCAGUAGACCAGUACUCCUUUAAGGUGGAUCAAUGUUAUUGGUUGAAAGUGGAAAAAACUGUACUAAUUUCCACUCAAUAUAGUUUGAUUUCACCAAUAACCAAAGAAAAUGUGUGUUGCCACCGUUUUAAAAAUGUCAGACAAACAAAAACAGAAGGAUAUAUCAACAGCAUAAUAUCACACAUUUUCGUUAAACAGAAUAAUUAAAAUUGAUAAAAAUUUGUUCAAAUGACAUAUGUUUAAUGUCAACAGUUUAAAAAAAAUGCUAAUUCAUAGAUAUAUAAAAAUCAUUUGUGGAUAUUAGGGAAAUCAUUAUAGAUAAUAGACGUGCAGUAGAGGAAAUUCCAGCGUAGGAGUUAUUACCCUUGACAACGUUUUUUUUUUUAUUUAUAAAUAAUUAAACUUUUCCAGUAUCAAGUUUACAAGAUUUGUUUUAUUUUUCCGUGAAUAAAAUGUAGUAAAAUUCCUCUGAAAGAUAUUUCCAUCAUGCAAAAAAAGUUAUUAAAUAAAUAUUUUGCAAAAACCUAUGAUAUCACAUGAGGAUCGAUAAAACUUAAUACCAGCAUAUAAGUUAUCGAUAUUGUCAAACCGUAUCAUUUUUCAUGCGUUUUUUAAGGGGGGGGGUUGCUUGUCAAGAAGGUUAGACAAUUUUCCUCCUCCUACCGUUGCUCCCUAAAUAUAUUUCAACCCCCCCCCCCACCACCUUUUUUUUACAAAAUGGGGUUACGGUAUUUGGCGCCACGCCACCAUUUCUAAGAUCAACGAGUCCUCUUCUGUAUAAUAUAAGCGUUAUCAUCUCAACAUUUCUGAAAUAAUUGGAUCCUCUCCUGUAUUACAUAAGCGGUGCCAUGUGAACAACUCUAAAGCCACUGGAUCCUCUCCUGGUUUCUUCCAAUCACACAUACCGAUUUUAUCCUAUUUCUUUACACUGUACUAAUAUCAGUCUACUUCCUUGUGUAUGACACAGGUUAGAGUACUGAGGGAUGUAAUGGGGACUGAUGGGGAAAUUAUGUUGUUAUAUUGUGCUACAUUUUUAUGAUUUAUCAACACUAUUUCCGAUUGUAGAAAUAUACAUGUCAUUUAAAUCCUUUAAUGGCCUGAAAUUUGUAUUUUAAAUCAAAUCAAGAAUUUAUAAAGUACUGAACAUCACAGAAUUUUGAAAUAGGGCCUCCGAGAUGUGAAAAGUCGUUAAUAUGUUCCCGGAUUUGGCCGACAGAAUUGCUAUAUAAUGGAGCAAUAAGAAGCCGAUUUUCCAGAGUUCGGUAGAGUAGAUGUGUGUAGGUAAGUCAGUUCUUUGGUUUUAUUAUCCAGUAUUUGUUUGUUUGAAUACCUAAUAAAUAACCAGCGACGCUAGUACGUUAUACUAAUUAGCGAGAAUACCAUACUCACUUAAACCAAAUGUUUUGAUAUUCAAUUUUACUGUAAGGCAUGACGACCGGAUUCUUUUCGCAAGUUGAAAUGAUGUACAACCUGUUGUUGUUGGGUUUUUUUGUGGUUUUUUUUGUUUUUUUAGAUCUGACUGAUGAAGAUGUGAGGAUGUAAUUAAUGAAGAUGAAGACUUGAAGUUGAAACUGAUGAAGAUGAGGGUCAAAUAAAAUCCCUAUCAUGGCAUCUGAAGACAUUACCCAAGGUCAAUAUGUCAUUGAAUGUGACAUCUGCAAACAGCCAGUCUCGUUCUUCUGCAGACGCUGUGGGGUCAAUCUCUGCGAUCCUUGUGUUCCGGUACAUCUCCGGAUUAAGUCCAAGACCGGACAUGACGUGGUGGAUUUCGCCAGUAGAGAUGAUGACGACACCUCUAAAAUUGAAGAACUGAUGAAAACCAUUACGAAGGAAAACGAGCGCUUACAAAACUAUAAGUUUGAACUCAAGAGAAUCAUAGAUCAUACGUCAAAGCGUCUGGACAAACCGAAAGUUUCCGGAUUUGCAAAAAUAACACAGCAGAGAUUAAAUUCCUUAUCUAAACUUUACCAACAGAAGAAGGAUGAAGUGACGUCACGAGGAGAAGAGUGGCACAGACUUAUAGAUAAAACCGUGAAGACGCUCCACCAGGAACUGGACGACAUGCAAAAGGAGCACGAAUCACUACUCCAGAAACAGACACGAGAAUUGAAAGAGAUUUUAGGAAAAGUUGAUGAAAUAAACGCCACGACAACGGAACUGAAAAAUACACAGAAUGUUAUGGAAAUGAAGAAACUCAUUGCAAGAAUUGAAAAUCAGGAAACUCCCUCGGAGAUUAUGCAGUACUCAUUUCCGGUGUUUUGCAAAGGCAAAAUUGACGACAACUAUUUGAAAUCGUAUUUCGGAUACAUCGAGAAUAUACAAGAAAGAAAGAUGUCUAUGCCGAAAUUGAUAUCUGACGAUCCUGUGAUUUCGAAUCACAAAAUAUUAGAGAUGCCGAGAGUUGUCACCGCUAUAGACACAGGGUUUCCUGCAGAUGAAGAGUAUAACAACCGUCUAUUAGAUAUUGUUGUUAUUGAUGAUAACAGAGUGUGGAUGGGAGGAGAAAGUUAUGAACUCAAGUUGUUUGAUUUCCAGGGAAACCUCCACGACACUGUCACUAUCACAUCACACGGUAUGUACCUCACUGUAUACAACAAACACGUGGUUUACACAGAAAAUGACACCAAUACCGUGAGUAGAGUAGCCGCGGAUAAAACGAUCCAGACGAUGUUUACAACCGGGGAGUGGAGACCAUACGGCAUCACGAGUACCGCGUCAGAUGACCUACUGGUCUGUCUCCUUAAAGAUGACCAGUCCAAAGUCGUGCGAUACAGCGGUACCGGUACCGUACUCCAGGAAAUCCAGUACGACUCACAGGGCCAGCCUCUGUACCGACAACCAAUCUACAUCACUGAGAAUGUCAACGGGGACAUCAUCGUAACAGACUGGACGAAAAGGGCUGUGACUACUGUCGAUAGAUUAGGAAUAUUUCGGUUUUCUUACUCUGGGAAGGACAAGCCAUUUUUCGUAUGCGCCGUCACUACUGAUCCUGCCGGUCACGUUAUCGUUACUGACAUUAAAGGUGACAAGAUCCACAUGUUGGACAGGGACGGGCGAUUCCUGAGAUACAUCAUUCCUGAUCUAGGGAUUAAAUUCCCUCGCGGCGUGUGUAUUGUCGGUGACGGGGAAAUGUUUGUUGGGGAAUGUACAACCGGUGUAGCGAAAAGAAUAAAAUAUCUCGAGCAAUGAACAGAAUGAAUUGUAUGUUGUUUCACAUGAAAUAUGUUGUUAUGGAAUAAAUAUUAAUCAAGA